CUUCAGUCUUCGCCCAAAACAUUUGUGUGUUCCUUACGCAACUUUCUCAAGCUUCCUCAACCCUUCACUCCCCUACAUCAGUUGGCCAACCAAUUCAGUGGCUGAGGGUCUUUGCCCGCAGUUCGUCUCUCGUCUUCGUCAGCUCAGGAGUUAUAUUAAGAGAGCCAUUUUCAAGACAGAUAAACUCCAGUGAUAAAAUCUGACGUAGAGACGGUACAUAAGUGGAUGCCUUAAAGUGCUGAUAUGGAAAUCUAAAUCUGAAAACUAAAACUCUAUUGAGAAAUGACCUCUGGAAAUGUACGUGUGGCAGCUGCUGCUGCCGGUGUGUUUGUAACGCUGGUUGUGAUCUUAGUGACAUUGGCAGUGGUGAGCUCUUCCGUUAACGCUGCGCCUGCCGACGCAGAAGCGGAUGAUGAACCUCCGAAGAGCGACCUCCUCAAGCAUCUCUCUCUCCUCUACCAAGGAACUUACGUGCUCUAUGGGAAAGGGCGUCGCAGUGAGCGUGAUCUUCCAGUGUGCGCAACGCCAGCUGAGGCCUGCAACCUCGCCCACCGGAGAUACUGGCUGACGCCCAUCACCGAGAGACUCUGCCGAUGCGCUGACAAGUCCGAGUGUCCUCUGCACUUCACCAGCCUCAAUGACACACUGUCCCAACACGUCUCUAAUCGAGCCCAACUCAAGUUUUGCAGUCCAAUUGUGAGGGAUCUACCGGAGUGUGCUAACGGGGAGCCGGCCCUGAAGAUCAAGAAGGUAGAGCGGAAAGGUUCACCUUACCCGCCCUUUGGAACUGUGAAGACGGAGGGGGUGGACACUCACUCGACGCUGCUGUGCCACUGCCCUUGGCCCAAUCGGUGGACGCUGUCGCAAACAACGACCACUUCGCCAACAGAGACAUUCUUACUCUACACCUGCGACCAGUUGCCAAAAUGCAAAACGGAAGAGGAAUGUGGCCAGAUUCGAGCAGACACACUCGAAAGUUAUUACUCAUGCUCGUGUCCUGAGCAACACGUCUGCGUCUUCAAGAGGCCGCAGAAAGCAGCCUUCACGUCGGAGCUUCAUUUCGAAGGACACGCUUACACGGCACAGUGCACGCCCAACUGAAUGUCUUAGUUUGAAGUCAUCGUCUCUGCUUACCGUCAUAAUGAACAACUCGUUCGCUGAAGUCACGCGUAUCUGAAUUCAUGACUAAGUGAAGAACCUGAUGGACUAAAUCUAACGUAAGACGACAUCACAUCGAAGAAACUUUCUGUGGGAAAACUCGAAUAUGGUUGCUUAACGAAAAGAAAUUGGUAUUUUCCGAAAUAUUAACACCAAACAAGCAAGGGUAAGUUUUUGUCAGUGUCACUAAGAAGAAAUGUUGCGAUUUUUGCCCCAAGCAGAAAAUUCAUGCGGUUCCUUUUGUGGGCAAGAAAGGUUUCGCGCUAAUAGUACCCAGGGAGCUUAGUGGCGAUAUACAGAGGUGUCACCAACGAUUGUGCUGAAGUCCUUCACUCGUGGUCGCCAUAUUUCAUAGAUUUACGACUAAAAAUGAAUUUGUGAAAUAAAUGAUGAUCGUUUAUAUCCUUAUUCAUCGAUGAUAUAACAAUUGUAAAGAUCAAAAAAUGUUUCCACGAAUUCUUGACUCAAAUACAAAAUAGAGCUGAUUCUAAUCUAGCAUAGUCACAGGAAGAGCGAUUGAGAUCUGUUUGUUAAGAGUAUAUCAACAUCUGAAACAAACAAGAAAUGAGAUACAGCCUCGAGAGAUAAUGGGAUUAGGAACACCGUAAGACAAGUACUUUAGAAUAUUAUCAUUAUUAUUAUUAUUAUUAUUAUUAUUAUUAUUAUUAUUAUUAUUAUUAUUAUUAUUAUUAUUAUUAUUAUUAUUAUUAUUAUAGAGUGCAGAAAGUGGGGCGCGCUAGGUUCACAAAUUGGCUGUGGCAUUUAAUAACAACAGCGGCCCACAUUAAAGAUGAAAAUUCAUAUGGAUUCAAUAUAGUGUUUACUGGAAUUUUGAUUCUGUAAUUAACACGAAAUAUUAAACAUAUAAUUUUACUGCAAUUUCUGUUAACGGUAAAUUUCACUAAACCACGUUUAUUUAAUUAUUCCUUUGCAGUUAUAAAAAUUAUGCUGAAUCAAUGGCCCGUGUGACAAUGUUAUUAUACAUUAAUAAUACCGAAGAAGGCAACUAAAGAUACACAGCCCAGAUUAUAAGCCACAAUGACAAACUUAAUAAUGAUUAAUUAAAGACGAUGGCAAAUAUACGAGUUGCAUAUUUCGUUGUACUACGUCCGAGAAGCUUGUAUGUCGAAUGCUCUGUUUUGCCAACGUCAAGGUAACUUUCUAAAAUAAGAAAAAAUUGAAUAAAAAAUAACAAUGAGGGUGAAUACUUAGUAUUGUAAAUUAUGUUUCAUCUGUGAAAAGAUUCCAACGAAUCUGAUUUUUGCGGGAAUGUGGAGGGAUCUGUGUCUAGUCUCACCAAAAAAAGUUAGCGUCUCAGGAGGGCAACAUAUUUUUGGGCCUCCUAUAUCACCAAACAUUAAUGGUCAAAACAGAAGGCUUUUUUUACCAUAAAAAUGGUUAAACAAAAAAAAAAAACAAAAACAAAAAAAAACAAAGAGCAUGGAAACAGCUAAUCAUAUGAAAGUAAGGCAUAAAAGAAUAAAAGUUGCCAACAUAAAAACACUUCCAAUGCUUCAGUCCCCGUCUCAAAAUUUGAUUGAUGUCAAAUUUAAUAUUUCUUUCUCUCUGUAUCUAGAUAUCGGUCAAGAAGUUCAUAGAAAAAACAAAAGAGGCAGACCAUCGAACUACAUCAUGUGUUGUGACAUUUACCGUCAUACCUCAAAUUAUACUGGAUAUAUUGCAAUUGCAAUUUGUUGUAUUCAUCUUAAAAGAAAAUAGAGAAAAAAAACAAGGAAAAAUGUAGCUACCAAAAAAUUUCCAAAAAUUUUACUCCCCAUAGGAAAUAAGAGUGCCUUUCAAUUUAAGGCCUGGAACAGUUCCUUCUCUAGUCCAGGUGCAGGGUAUGGUUCUGUAGGAAAAUUUGAGUAUGGAGAAUUUUUCUUCAGAAAUGCUUAGUAGGUGUCUUAGUAAGCAUUUUUGACUUUGAUGGAGAUCUGCCAUCUGGUAGGUUUCCCGGUUAUGACGUCAUCAAAGAUGGCGGCCGUUCGAUUGUAAAACUUGUCAUAUCUCUCUUAAUACUGGCCCGAUUUGGAUGAAACUUCAACUAUUUCCACUAAUUAGAACUUUAAAAAGUUAAAAGAAGAGGGAAAAGUGAUGAAAAUGUUUGCAAAUACUUAAGUGUUUAAUUUUAAGGUAUUAUUCUAAACUUUUUUUUUAUAUCUAAUUAAUAUAGUUUUUUAGCGGGUUGCUGAAGUGAAACGAAGAUAUGGAUGUCCUAAAAUGGUUUAGAGUGUUAAAGGAUGGUGCAUCAGACUUCAAACCAGAUGAAAAGCCAUGUAUCAUAUGUAAUAAAUAUGAUGGGAGUGUGUCAAGUACUGUAAAUGACAGAAGAAAAAUCAGGAAGGCUGCGAAAAUACUCAAUGACAUUGUUACUAACCGUUUAAGCAUAUUAAGCGAGGUUGCAGUUUUUCUACCAUUUAAGUAAUGCCUGCUAUAAACAGUACUGUCAAUAGAAGUCCUUUUUAAAGAUUCAAAUUGACAAGGAAAAAAUAGAAUAUGAAGGUGAAGCAACCAAAUCUCAACCGACUGAAGAGCAAAAUCUUAGGAAAUCUGCUGCAAGGAAACGAGCACGACACCACAGUCCUCAAGCAAGUGUUACUCUUUAUCUAGACCUUUUAUGCAUUAUUUGCAACCAGAAAUCUCAUGAGCAAAUUUACCAGAAGUAUAGAAUAAGUGAGAGCCCAAAAGUUGAAGAGUUUUUGAAAGCCACUUUGUACUUACAAGACGAUGUUUUCACUCGCACUUGUCACUUGCAAGAUGUGUCAAUUGUUUUUGGUGACGAUUUACUGUGUCACGUCAAUUGUAUAUCUAAGUAUUUACUGAAAUACAAACGGAAACUUCAAUCAGAUGGCAAAAGCAACUUCAAUUAUCAGAAAAGGUAGCAGCGUUUGCUUUCAUAGCUCCUGAUAUUAAAUCCGGUCUAGAUAAAGUUAUGGAUACACUCAGUUAUAUUCGAGAUCAGUUUAAUAUACAAAAUGAAAAUAUCAAAGUCGAUAACAAUGAGCUAAAACUACUGUUGAGUGAUUACUUUAGAAAUGGAAUUAAGAUUUUCCAAACCUACAAAGGCUAACAAACCACAGAUGUUUUUUCUUCAGGCAUUCAAACAGAUGUCAUUAGAAGUUGCAAUCCUUUUACAGAAUGUGCUCUUCUAUUGAGGCAAUCACUGCAGAAGCUAGACUUUGGCCUCAGUGAUAAAUUUGGGAUUACUGGUAUGAGUCCAACAUGUUUCUGAUUUAGCUCUUCUUUGGAGCAAAGUGCAUUGAAUGCACUCCAUGAUGGUACAGGCUAUUCAAGAUUUUCCUCUGGAUUGGAAGUCUCAGAAGUAUGUAGAAUGGUAUGAGCAAUUCUUGAAAGCUGCCAUAACAUGUCUGAAUUUUUAUACUCGUCCUCAUUCAUCGUCAAUAAAUCUGAGGUAACUUCGUAAUUGCUCGGGAGAUCUGGACGUUUUGCUAGUUUUAAUAAAACUGUAACUUUCGGCAUGGAAGAAGCCUUUCAAUUGCUUUCAUCCCUCUCAAGACCUCAGUCUCUGACAAGUAUGGUCUUAAUGGUGUUUCUAGUGGUUUUUCUUGGAAGAGUACACAUACAAUGUCACGAAAACCUUCAACACCAGAUAAAGUAGCUUCCUCGUGGUUAAAGUUGUCGAAGGCGUCAAUUGUGAAGGAGUCACUCUUAAAAUUACUUGUCAUUGGAACAUGAAAAGGAGACUACUUAACAGCGUAGUGUGCAAGGUUAUGGUGGUGACGAAUGACUUCAUGGUAACUGACACUGAAACCUACAUAAGCUUGUUAUCAAGGUUUUGCUUCUACAUUUCUGAUGUAUUGAUUCCCCUACCAUCAUAUGUGAAGGUGUUUUUCUAGCCGAUGAUGAAUAUCGUAGUACAUUAUUUGUAAUAAAGUUUGUGUUUUAAGA